AUGGGCCGCGAAACUCACCGCCGCCAGCUCCAUCCUCUCCGCAUAAACAAAACCAGCCCGACCUCGUCGCCCGCGAACAUGACCUCCACCGGUCCGCUCUCCGAGAUCAGCCCCAUGGAGCACCGCCGGAACUCGCCCAGCCACAAGCUGGCUACCAAGAUUACCGUCCCGACCCAGGACACCCCGCCCUCGGAGACGUCGCCCUUCGGCUCGUCGUCGAAACACCGCUUCUGGCAGUCGCGCGACCCCAACUCGCCCGACGUCGAAAACUCGUCCGAGCGCGAACAGCAGACCCUGUCGCCCAAGCGCAGUUCCAUCGAAAACCUCAUGAAGGCCUCUCGCGUGCGCAACAGCACCAUGUUCGCUCGCGAGCAGAAGAACGAGUACGACCCCACCAAGCUGCCCGUCGUCGAGCGCCCGCUCGCCACCCACCGGCCCCUAAGCGCCCAGGGCUUCGUGCCGCGCGGAUUCGACCCUCUGCGCAGCCGCGAAAUCCCCAAGAAGCACCAACACAGCCGCAGCACCGACAGUGCCGACAUAACCCCUCGGGGCUCGCCAUCCAAGUACGAUGGCGGCUACAUGACCAACUCCGGUUCCUCGUCCCCGACAAAGACGCAUGCCUCGCCUCUCAGGUCUUCCCUCUCGCGCAAUGGAAGGUACAGCACCAGCUACGACGACUCGAGCGCAGUCUCCUCCGACGACGAGCGGUUAGGCGAAGGCCCGCAGCGCCCGUUGCGUCGUCACGCGAAGAGCGUUACCUUUGAAUCGAAGCCUCCCAUCGUCAACGAGUAUGAGAUGGUGACACCGGAGCCUUCCCUGGCAUCGCGCGAGGGCAGCGAGUAUUCCGAUGACGAGGACGAGGAAAUUUACGAGUUUGAGGGUGACUCGUUCGAGCGGGACGACAGCUUCGACGAAUCCCUCGAGGACACAGAAAAGACGCCCGUUGUGUUGCCCGGAGACUGGCGCCACAUGAGUCCCGAGGCUGCGAACACCGACCUGGCCGAUUCUUUCGAUGACCCCUUCGACGGCGCAGAAUCAAGCCCUCCCCCAACCGCUCGGCCCAACUCUCAGAGUACCGAGCACGUGCGUCAACACUCGAGCGCUUCUGAUCCCGAACAACGCCCGCUUCCACCGCUCCCCCCCAUGCAGGACUCGCCCGACACUCGUGGAAGGAGAGAAUCACUCAACGGUCUCUCUGCUGUCGCCGAGCGUGCCAGCAGCGCCCACCGCUCGUUGCCCUCGCCUCCCCGCAUUGGAACAAGCAUUUCCAAGUCAGAUAUCCUCAGCAUGGGCCGCAACUCCAUGUCGCUGGAAGAUCGCCUUCAGCUCAUGGGCAUCCACGGAUCUCGUGAAACGACGCCUACCAUGGAUAACAGGAACCACAAGGAGGAGACGGCGGCGAAGGAGGCGGAGCAUGACAGGAAGGACAGCCAAGACGCAUUGAAGGCAGAAGAGCCUGCCGAAGACGAGGAGUCAGCCCUGGACGAAAUGGACAUUCCGCACAUCUCCCGCGAGUCGAUUCUGGAGAAGGUCAAGAGUCGCAACUAUGAUGACUACGAUCUUGCCGAGCAGCCUUCCGUGAUAUCAGAACAUGGCUACGGCGAGCUUGAGACGUACGACCCUGACGUUCCUAUUCCUUCCCGCGAAGUUUCUUCCAACUUCGACGAGCAUGUUCCCGAGGAGACUGCCGAGGAGACUGCCGAGGAGACUGCCGAGGUCAAGAAGGAGGAUGGUGACGUUACGUUGGACUUUAACGCAAUCCCGGCGCUCCACAGCGGCCAAGGCUCACCUGACGACCAUGAUGACGACGAGGAGGAGGACAACUUCAGUGAUGCGGGAUCCGUCAUCCGCCAUGAUAUCAGUGGCACCGACCUCGGCGAUGACGACGAUGCUAGCCGUUACUCAACCCCUCACGACGAUGGCGAGGAGGAGAAGGCUCAGAACAGCGCGGAUGAGGAUGAGGGACCGCCCACCCCUAAAGCUGAUCCCGUAGCCGGCGAUGAGGCACCUGAGGAAGAGCUCCAGAAGGAACACCAGAAGGUUGCCGAUAUGCCUGAGUUUGGCUCGUUCAGCAAUGAGGAUGAUUUCCACCUCCAGCUCCAGUCAUAUCUCGACAAGAACCGAAGCACGCCCGCAGUUGAUUCAGCUCCCAAGCUCGAGCCCGACGAAGACUUCCUUCAACGGCCGCUUACGCCUGAUGACCAGCUCGAGCUUCCGAAAGCGCCUGGCGCGGAGGGUGAGGAUGAGCCCAGCACCCCAGACUCAGUCAUUCGCAAUCCCAUCGAGCCUCCAGAGCGUGAGGACUCUUCAGAAGUGGAGGAUCCAAUUGCAACAAUCAAGGCUCCUGGUGGUUCGUUGAGGACUCGGCCUUCUGCCACGCCCUCCGACUUCGCCACCAUGGCCGCUACCCGCCGCAAAGUCAGUGGUGAGGUCCCGCCGCCCAUGCAUGAGCGCAGCCCCACACGCUUGUCCAUGACUCGUGAAGAUGAUGACGAGGAGGAGCCGUCGCACCUUUCGAACGUCUCAGAGGAUCAAGAGGCUACCACGGAUGACGAGACGAAGAGUGAGGGCGAUCAGCCUAGGCGUCGUCAGAGCUUCAAGAUGAAGAUUGAUCUGCCUGUGGGCGACAUCGGCGAAGACUUGAGCUUCGACCUUGAUCGCGAGUUCGACCGUGUUGUCGAGGCUCAAAAGAAGGGCUACCUCAUGCGCCAAAACACAAAGGUGGUCGUUGCCAGCAGCCGCCAAUUCAGCAACGAGACCACGCACGUACCCUCUGGGGAUGGAUUGGCUCCUCCCCCCACCAACGACCGUGGCGUGGUGCCAGCGCCAGGUAACAGGUCGGGUAGUGGAUCGUCGUCGAAGAAGAACCGUGAUCGCAGCAACACUUGGACGACCGAGCCUUGGAACGGUAAGAUGAGACGCCGCAGCAUUCGCAAUGCCUCGAACUGCUCAGUCACCGUAAGCGAGUCGAGGCCCAGGACUGCUCCUGGUGUUGCACCGCCACUUCCUGGUCAGGAGAGCGCUGUCUCCGACGCCUUUGGUGACAUGUCGAUGAUUGACGAGAGCGACGAAAACAUGGAAAGAGGCAGACUCUUUGUCAAGGUUGUUGGCGUCAAAGACCUUGAUCUGCCGCUGCCGAAGAACGAGCGCACUUGGUUCCAGCUCACCCUGGAUAACGGCCUUCACUGCGUUACGACUUCUUGGCUCGACCUUGCUCGCAACGCCCCGAUUGGCCAGGAGUUUGAGUUGGUUGUCUUGAACGACCUCGAAUUCCAACUGACCCUGCAGACCAAGCUCACCCCUCCCCCGAAGCCGAAGGUUACGGCACCCCCACCUGCUCCCGCACCCGUAAAGCCGUCGGGUCACAAGAAGUCCAACUCUGCCUUUGGACGUCUGCUUACCUCACCAAAGAAGCGUAAGGAGAUAGAGCGUAAGCAGCAGGAGGAAGCUGAGCGUGUCGAGCGCGCCGCUGCGCUGAAGGCACAGCAGGAGCGUGAGGCGGCCAGGCGUGCGAAGGCCAACCCGACUUCCUGGGACCUUCUCCAUGACCUUGUUGCGCCAGAUGGCUCCUUCGCACGAGCCUACGUCUGUCUCAAGAACCAUGAGCGCCAGUCUUACGGUCGCCCAUUCACCGUCGAUGUCCCUUGCUUCAACGAGUGGGCUCUGGAAGACGCCGAGAUUGCCAACAGUGUCAAGAGCAAGAGGGGUGGACCGGUUCGCCGUCCGCCAUACAAGAUUGGCAAGUUGACCUUGCAGCUGCUUUACGUGCCUAAGCCAAAGGGCGCUACCGAUGACGAUAUGCCCAAGAGCAUGAAUGCUUGCAUUCGCGAAAUGAAGGAAGCCGAGGAGGCCAAGGGUCGUGUUUUCGAGGGUCAUCUCAGCCAGCAAGGUGGCGAUUGCCCUUACUGGCGCCGCCGUUUCUUCCGCCUCUCUGGCUCGAAGCUCACAGCUUAUCACGAGACUACUCGACAGCCGCGUGCCACGAUCAACCUUGCCAAGGCAGCGAAGCUCAUCGACGAUCGCACUUCGUUGGUUCACAACAAGGACGGUAGCCGUCGCAAGUCGGGCUUUGCCGAGGAAGACGAGGGCUAUGCGUUCGUUGAGGAGGGCUUCCGCAUCCGUUUCGGAAACGGCGAGACCAUUGACUUCUAUGCCGACAGCGCAGCGCAGAAAGACAGUUGGAUGGACGUGCUCUCCGAAGUCGUGGGGAAGAGCACCAUGUCUAGUUCGACGAAGGCAUGGACUGAACUGGUGUUCAGGAAGGAGAAGGAUGAGAGGGCGGCAGUUCGGGCCCAAGAGAAGGCAGCAAGCAUCGCCUCGCAGGACACGGAUGACUCCAAGUUCGACCCCACCCGGCCUGGCAUGUACGACCGGGAGACCACCAACAGCGACUCGGUCAGCACCAAGCGGUACCACCGACGCAGCGAGAUGCUGCCGCCGCCGCCUGUUGACAAGAGUCCGCGGCACCACGCCAUUGCAACCGGGCCCCGGGCGUCUUCGCGGCGGGGUGAGGUCAAGUCCAUGAUCUUCUAA